UUGGUCGUCAGAUAUACGUACUGUCGAGCGCGCCAUGUGUACGCCGCGCUGCGAGAUCGGUGUCGAAAGUACCUGGACCUGCUAAUUGCUAAUUUUACUGUGUGGAAUCAACCAGAAAACUUAGUGAAACUUUGAUGUAGACUUAUUUGAAAUUGUUCAUUAUAUUAGCUUGCAUUUUUUUUUUUACCAUCAAGCCGACGAAUGAGAUACCCGUUCAACACCGGCAAUCUAUGAAGUCCGAGUGCUGUAUACAUUCAAACGUGUCAAAAGUGCCAAAACAUGAGCAGUAGGCUGAGUACAAAGCCCUCCAGGAAGGACAGACCUCGCUCUAGUGACAAGCUGAAAGCUGGACGAAAACGUGAUGGAACCCCUGAGAAACCAGUGAGUCCCAAUCAAUCUCAGUCACAAAUGGAGGAAGACAUUGUUCCUGUCAGUAAGAAGAUUCUAGACGGUGAAGACAUCAGAGCUUUGGCCAUUGAUCAUCAGGAGUUGGCUAAAAUACGUGCAACCAAACAACUUUCAGCUAGCUACAGCAAAGAGAUUGUAAGCAACAAAGUCACUGUGCGGAAGCUACAGCCUCAAGCAGAGUCAGAUAAACCAAGAACAAAAAACAUCUUGAUUGCCAAGCCAGCUCCACCUAAUGCUUCUCUCAAACAGGAGGAUUUCACAGGUUGUGUAGGACCUCGGUUUAAUAACGAUGGUGGCAUCAUUCCACAUAGUAUUCUUGGAAAAGUGGAAGACUUCAAGCUAGAAGCUGUGAAACAUGGUCAUUUUGAGACAAAGAUAGACUCCAUUCCAAUCAGGCCAAAGACUCCAAGCUUGAAGUAUGAGAAGAAACAGAAGAAUGAACCUAAGCCACGAGACCCCUUCCUGGAUGAAAAUAAUGCCCUGGUCAAUUGGCAACUUAAGAUGAUAGAGAGGAAAAAGCAACAGGGCUUCAUAUCAAAGUUACUAGAGAAGCCAGUGUCAUCUUUAGUGAUGAACCAUGGUGAUGAUUACCGUAAAGUACAGGAAGAUCGCUACCUCAUCGAAAGGUCAAUUCCAGCAGUAGACUAUGGACGAGGAUAUCGUAUUGGCAGUGAGUUCUGGAAUCAACAGGAAAGAAUUGGAGAUGACAUAUCAGGGAUUCACAUGACACUUACUGAGACUGAGAGGGGUUACCCCCCACCCAUUGAACAUGUUGGUCAGCCAGCAGCUGUUAAAAUGGAAAUGGGAGCUAAGUUGGAUUCCUCGAGACCAGGAACUCCUGUAAGUUAUCCUUGGCACCAGUCUAAGUAUCUAAAGGAGCGGAGACAGCAGCUUAACAAAGUCAUGCAGAAUUUAGAUCCAUACAUACCUGAGCUGAACAAGUUGCAGAUUAUCGGAAGAAGCAAUCCUUAUGAGUUGCAAAUGGAUAAGCCAUCCUGUGAAAAUAAGAUUCCAGAGACAACGGGCUUAAAUCCAGAUGUAAAUCCAGCUUCGUUGGAUAAUGAAGUGAACGAUAAAGGACAUACCUUGGGACCAUCCUUACAGUUUGAUAACUUCAUGGCUGCUUGGAGUGGUGAUAGCCACAGUAACAAAGGCCUUGUGGCACAUGGAGCAAGAGUCACUUUCGAAGUGUAUGCUGGUGAAAGAAUCACCUCCUAUUUGAAUCUGGUAAACAAAGGCACAACUACUGUCUACUAUGAUUGGAAAAAAAUUCCCAAAAUUAACCCAUUCGAGGGAUGUGCCUCUCCCAAAGUACAGCACUUUUACUUCAACACAAGCAGUGGAGUUCUGUUACCAGGUGAGAGCCUCAAGUUCCCGUUUGUCUUCAAGUCACCAAAUGCUGGCAUCUUUUCUGAGACAUGGCAGUUGGACACAAGACCAGUUUUGUGCGGUGGUGCUGUUUUGCAAGUAACACUGCGUGGAAUAGCUCUUCAGGAAGACAAAAAUAAAAGACAGCGGUACCAAAUUGAGCAAGAUCUGUUUACUAAGCAAGCAGUGUUGACAGCUCAACGCAUCCUAGAUGAGUUAAUUGAUGGGAUACGUACACCAGAAAGACCAUGUUCACCAGUGGAUGCUUACAUAACUCAAGAGGAGUUAUUCCAGCAACACAACAAAGGAAUGCACUAUUCAAAUGAAAUAGUAAACCAGUUAAGUCAACUCUACCUGGAGCAGUUUGAUGACGAUGACAAAGAAAAUCAUUCCUGGGAUCUGUCUAUUCAUAGUAUGAAACAGGACUUUUUGGCUCUUGAAGAUGAGACCAAAAGGGAAGAUCUGUUAACCAAGAUGAAUGCUGCUGUGACUUGUCUGUAUUUCCCGCCACUUAGCCCCAUUCAGCAAGAGAUGUACAGGGUUGGGUACCAGUUGCUUAUUGAGGCAGCAGAUAACAUUGUCACACUGUCAAGUGUUAUACGAGAUCAUCUUGGAUUGCCAACAAAGGAUGUAGAAAUGCCAGAUACGGACCAGAUUCUUGGCUCCAAUGACAAUCUAAGGGGAGGUGAAAUUAAGAAGAAAAAGAAAGAACACAAGGAAGAAGAGGUGAAGAAAGAUGGUAAAAAGGACAACAAGAAAGGCAAGAAAGAGGAAAAAGAAAGAGACAGGCCAAAAAGCAAAGGUGGCAAAACCAAGAGUCGUUCUGCAACAAGUCCACCUGCCACCCGUGAACCAAAAAGAGGAGCAGAGAAGAAACAAAUACAUGCACCUGUACGAAGUCUAACACCACCAUCAGAAUCAGGGGAUCCACAUCUUGAUGCUAAGUACAGAAACAAAAUGUAUAUCCAGGUGUAUGGCUUGUUGUCAUCAACUAUCGACAAAAUGACAGAGCUUUUUCAUGAUAUCCAGCCAAGAGAGUGACAUCAGAUGGUACAACAGACCUACCAGCACUUAGUUGUUACAGUGAACAAGGAUUUACCGCUGUUACAAAGAAAUGACAGUGCAAAUCACCAAUAAACUGGUGAUUUGCGAUGUCAUCUCUUUGUUAUGAUGAGUAGGUGUUUUGGUUUAAGUUAGGGUAACAUUAAUAACAAUUUGAAAUUAAGCAUUCUAUUUUAAACUUAAUUCUUUUUCUAAUUCACAAGAUUACUCCUUGAUGUUGAGGUACUUUCCCACAUUAUCCUAAAUGCUUUGACUUCCUUGAGUUUGCUGGAGUUCCAGUUUGUUCAACUGUAAACCACUUGCUCUACAUUUUGUCACAGAGCUAACAUACGGUACCGGCAAAUCAACCAUUUUGGCGAAUUUUGAGAUUUUGUUAUUUUUGAGGUGUUUAAAGGUUGCUCCUUUAUUAAAGUAUUUGUGCCAAAAUUCUGAAUUCUUGUCUGUAUUUGGAGAUUCGGAGCCCCGCCUGUGGCGAAUCAGUCACAUUUUGACAUAGUGACGAAUACGGAAUUUUGCUGGUAACCAGCUAAUGCAAGGUGUACGUUCAAAGUACCAACGAAUGUUGUUUGUCGGAUUGCGGCACGGCGCACAUGUGUGCGCAAUCCGACAAACUGACGAAUAGCAUACAAACUGUGAAAAACAACUGGCUAUUAGAGAUUUUGUAAUUUGACAAACGGACGAAUACGUUUACAAUCAAAUAAAAACAAAUCACACAACUUCUCUGAUUAAAUAAGUUACCUGAUGGAUACUACGUUUCCUAUUUUAUUUCGAGUGUACACAAAAACAGUAAUUAUCAAAACGUUAAGGAUAAAAUACGACGCCCAGAAAAAUGUCCAACUUCAAACGCAAAUUACUCGAAACAGGGUUUUCGCUUAUUUGUCGGUAUGUCAGCUCUACGACGAAUUAUUUGUGAUGUAACAAAUUCACAUUAGCACCCACUUUUGUGCUGAUUGUGAACAGUCGUGAAGUAGAAAUGUUUUGCCGAAUUUGUUUUGAAAGGUACCAUGUUACUACUCAGCAGAGUUUUCAACAACAAAAAAAUCUUAAAUUUCCGCACAAUUUGUUUGAUGGUUACAAAUUGUUAAAAUUUGUAUAAAUGUUAUUGUGAAGGGAGCUUUGAAAUUUAAUAAAUAUUGAUUUUGAGUUGUACUCGUCACAGAAAAUGGUACACUUUAUGGAUCACCUAAACUCUUAUUGCAGAAUAUUGCAAGGUGGGCAAUACUCUCGUACUCUCUGUUGCUCUCUCUAUAUAUACAUAAAAUGAUAAAAGAAUGUAAAAAAAACAAAAUUAAAACAGUGCUCACCGGAUAGCGAUUGCCAAGCUUUCAGUGUGAUGCAUCUUUAUCAGGACAAUUUUGGCUUGUGAUGUACUGCUGGUAGAACAAAUGGACAAAAAUGUAUCUGUAACAGAAGCUGUGUAUCCCCAUUGCUGGAAGAACCCGCUCAUCGCUGGAGCUCUUUCUCAAACUCAACUUCCUCAAUACAAAUUUGGCAGAGGCGAAGGAAAUGACUAUUGGGGUUUGGGGAUACCAUCUUUGCACGUUUUGGGAUAUUACUGUACCUGAUACAUAUUACUGAUUGAGAGCCAAAUUCUCACUGGUUCAUUCACCAUCACAUCCCAGAUGCUAUUUUUGCUGUUUACCAUGUGUGUGCGCGAGUGUUCACACGCAGGCAUAGUAGACUACUGGUACCAUAGAUAUAGAAUAAAUUAUUCCAUAUCUAUGAACUGUACGUGCGACAGCCUACUAUGCAAAUCGCUUCACAAAUUAAUCGUGGAACUGUCGCACGGGUAUAGUACACACAGGAAUAGUAUGCAUCUUGUUUUCCUUGAUUCUCAAAUGACUGUGAAUAAGUAAUAUUACCUUAGAAUAAUGAUCUAGCAACUUUUGCUGUACUGAGAACCUUCAUUGUCAAAUGACCAAUGAGUCUUGGAAUAAACAUGUCAGCUCUAUGGUUGUGAAGGCAAAGCGUCUGCCGUUGAUAACCAAAGCUAAUCCGAUUAUGUACUCGGAUGCUAUAACUGAGCAAUGAAAUUCAUGUGCCCACUCCCCCCCCCCCCCAAAAAAAUGGCCUUUUUGAAAGUUGUGUUUCUUAGAAAAUUCACUCAGUAUGAUUGAAAUGUUAAAGUAUAACGGAAGAAGAAAUUCUUAACUUCAUGUCAGUAAAAAAAUCGUUGUUAUCAAUGCCAAAACGUCAAUACUGGUUACUGGUAAAGCUGGCCUUAAAGUCGGGAAGAAAUUGUUCGAAAACAUCCCAAAAUCUGUGUAUUUAUGUCGAUUUCUAGGAAUUUCUCCAAGUUGUUAUUUCACGAGUAGUUGGACACUUAUAUAUCAUCUAAGUAUAUUCUGAAUUUUAGCUUAAUCUGUCACGGUUGUUGCAAAUGCUAGUGUUACACCUUGAACUAUCUCCAAGGUCAAUUUCGACAAGAAUUUUUUGCCCCCAAUCCAUCUGCAUGGUUCAGCAAAGCACCGUAGGCGCUAUAUGGUUGACCGAUUGCGGCCCGGCAACACAAUGACGAAUGCAUAUUCAUUAGCGUCACUCGAUGUGACUUGGCAAUUGUGAUUUAUCAAUUAAUAAAUCGUGAAGGAGGCUUUUCUCCAAGUUUUUACUGCACACCAUAAUGGAUAGGAACCUUAUUAAUAUUCGUGAGGCUUGAAAAGAUUGACAGAUGUUGCAAACGCCAUAUGUAACAACUUUCAAAAAUGCACGUAGCCAGGCCUAUUUUUCCAAUUUCAACGAAAAGUAAUGAACAUAAUAUCACAACGAUUUUAGCACAUACUUGGAUCAUUUUAAGGGAAAUAAACCCUGACAGAUGCAUGAAGAUGCGGUCUGCCAAACGGGAAUAUUAAUUUUCAAAAAUUUCGCCCACCUGGGUGAACAUGUUUGUGUACAUGUAGUUUCAUUCGAAAUAAAGUGUUACGUGACCUUUAGAAAUCGCCCUUUGAGUCGCAACCACACGGCUGCAUAAUGUAUGGUAUAACCUCAAACACGAAGGUCAUAAUGCUCUAUAGAAAACAAUACACACUAGCUACAGGCACAUUAUUCCUCCAUGGUAUAAAGUACACAAUGUAUGUACAACAAGGAAAAGCUGAGCAAUGAAUUAAGUGUAAAUCACAAAUUGAGCACUCGGGCGAGUUAAUCGUUAUACAGAAUGAUCAUUUAAAGUUCAGAAAGUAACAUAGAUAACCAUAGAGAGUGAUAAUUAUGACGAAUGGGUAAUUAAGAACUUAUAAUCUAAAAACACUCCACCGCUUUGUGGGAAAGGCACUCCAUUUUGUAUUAUUUUGUGUUGUAUUAUUUUGUGUUUUGUGUUGUAUUAUUUUAUGUAAGGUCACUUUAAAGAUCAAAUAAAGCAUAGUUCGCACGUAA